CCGCCCUCUUUCUGGAGGAGGAGCCCAGAUAGUACGGGAGGGGGCGGACCCUUGCCCCUCCCGAGCUUGGGCCGGAGUGGUGCAGGCGGCGCGAGGCUGCGAUUCCCACGUGGUGGCUUUCUCACGCUAGCCCACUUUGGUCCUCCUUGACGUCCCGGGCCUGUGGGCCCGCUUCCUGCCAAGAUGCCGAAGGUCAAGUCGGGGGCCAUUGGCCGCCGCCGCGGGCGGCAGGAGCAGCGCCGGGAGCUGAAGAGCGCUGGAGGACUGAUGUUCAACACGGGAAUUGGGCAGCACAUUUUGAAAAAUCCUCUCAUUAUUAACAGCAUUAUCGAUAAGGCUGCCUUAAGACCAACUGAUGUAGUGCUAGAAGUUGGACCUGGAACUGGCAACAUGACUGUAAAGUUGUUAGAAAAGGCAAAAAAGGUUGUUGCUUGUGAACUUGACCCAAGGCUGGUAGCUGAACUUCACAAAAGAGUUCAGGGCACGCCUGCGGCCAGCAAACUUCAAGUACUAGUGGGUGAUGUGUUGAAAACAGAUUUGCCAUUCUUUGAUACUUGUGUGGCAAAUUUGCCUUAUCAGAUCUCAUCGCCUUUUGUCUUCAAGCUGUUGCUACAUCGACCUUUUUUCAGAUGUGCUAUACUUAUGUUUCAAAGAGAAUUUGCCCUCCGACUGGUUGCAAAACCUGGAGAUAAGUUAUACUGCAGACUCUCAAUUAAUACACAGCUGUUGGCACGUGUGGACCAUCUAAUGAAAGUUGGAAAGAAUAACUUCAGACCACCGCCCAAGGUGGAAUCCAGUGUUGUAAGGAUAGAACCUAAGAACCCACCACCACCCAUCAAUUUUCAGGAAUGGGAUGGUCUAGUAAGGAUAACCUUUGUUAGGAAAAACAAGACACUGUCUGCUGCAUUUAAAUCAAGUGCAGUGCAACAACUCUUGGAAAAAAACUACAGAAUUCACUGUUCAGUCCAUAAUAUUAUAAUACCAGAAGAUUUCAGCAUAGCAGAUAAAAUACAGCAAAUCCUAACCAGCACAGGUUUUAGUGACAAACGGGCCCGUUCCAUGGACAUAGAUGACUUCAUCAGAUUGCUACAUGGAUUCAACGCAGAAGGUAUUCAUUUUUCCUAGGUGUUUGGAAAACAGAAUUUUUCAAGGUCAAGAAAAAGAAAUGAAUUUUGUAUUUUUUGUAUUUGAGAAGAUAAUGCUUUUGCUUUAGAGACAUAAUUUACUUGACUGUUUUUGGUUCGAUACUACUACUGUUGUCACCAUUUAUGACUCUGAAUUUUUAAGUUGGAGAGUUCUAAGUAUCCAAGUUUUUAAUAUAUAGAGCUGGUCCAAUCUAUUCAUAAUAAUCUUCAAGUUCAGGAGCCGCAGAGACGCACAACUUUACACUUAAACUUAUCAUUUCUAACAGUUUAUUGUAUAAAGAUGUUACUCUUCUAUUUACUGUUAUAUACUGUGAGGCCUUCUUUAGGCCUUUAGCUCUGUUCCUCCAGUAGUAAAACAGUUAAAAUAUGCUUCACUAGUCACACAUUCCCCAUACCAUUUCAUGUUAUUCACAUUCCCCGUACCAUUUCUUUUAUUCACAUGUACAGUAAAACAAUUGUUUCUUAAAGUA